AUGGGCCUAAUUACUAGGAUUCAAAACCUUGAAAGGUCUGGAAUAUGGGUAUUAAGAAAUAGUUUGAAGAACACGGUCCAGGAUAUCCAGAAACAAAAAGAAAUUUCUAAGAAUAACGAAAAAGAGAAGUUGAAUGCACUUGGGCAAAGAUAUGUUGUAAAAGGACACAAGCCACAGCGAGAUACAGCAUUGUUUUUGUCUAGUAGAUGGGAUGAAACAACGAAGGCACUGGAGGAUUUAAUACGCAAACACCAAAUCAACGAUUCAUCCUCUAUUGUUUUAGUUGAUCAGCCGUUUCCAAUUACAGAAAAAGUUAUUCGAACGCUAACCCAAAGAGGAUUUAUGCGAGCUUCUUUAUAUGAAUUGACGACAAGACGUUUUGGCCUACAACAUAAAGGUGGAAAAGUUUACCUUUCAAAAGUUCCUUUUCCAUUUAGAUUUGAACUGUUGAUGAAAGACGAAGAGGAGUUGGAUCCUAUGGAUCAAGACUUCUACAAAACGAUGGAUUUAGUCAGUCUAAUCUUCAAUUCAGAGAAAGGGAAAGAAAAUUGUAUUCCGUAUAAGGAUCUACUUGUCUAUAAGCUACUAGAUUUGGCAACGCUGCCUUCUGUUGCAGCUCUUGAAUUGCUAUAUUCUUGCCGGGGGAGUCCUACGAGCAAGCAGGCCCAAUUCGAGUAUUCAAAGAAAUACCUACAGGAGAAUAUGGAAAUUAUUACCAAGCUUCCCGUAUCCAGGUAUUUAAAUUUUACCCGGUAUAAUACCCCUAGGUUUUAUCGUGUAGGAUGCCACACAAAAUCGAUCUUCCGAAACGUUUAUUUAAAUCAAAUAUUGCAUAAAAAUGAAAUUUUGACAAUGCUUGACUUCUUAAUAUUAAAGGGAAAUGAAUUGCAGCUACCGACUACCUAUAAUUCUUUUUUUCGAGAUACUUUAAAGUAUUCUAAUGGAUCGCGACCAACCGAGAAGAGCAUCAAAAAUCUCUAA